AUGAAAAUUGCAGUUGUAAAACUCAAAGCUACCACAAGCACACUUACAAUUACCAGAAGCAUUACAGGGGUAAAGGAUGACUCCAAGUUUGGCCUUUUGGCGGUGGGACCUAAUGGUGGAUUUGCAACUCAACUUGUUGCUGGUGUUAACGGUGUUCCCUUUUUAUUUGCUAAUGGAUUGGACAUCGACCAAAACACUAGGAUUAUUUAUUUCACAGAUAGUAGUACUAGAUUUCAUAAAAGUGAAUAUGCAGCUAUAAUCCUUAGUGGCGACCUAACAGGGAGACUAUUAAAAUAUGACCCAAGCACCAGAAUCGUGACAGUGCUGCUUGGGGGCCUUGCAUUCCCAAAUGGAGUCGUUGUAAGUCAUGAUGAUAUAUUUGUCCUUGUCACUGAGACGACUACCAGUAGAGUCCUGAGAUACUGGCUUAAAGGUCCCAAAGCUACAACCAAGGAUGUCUUCAUCCAACUCCCAAGACAACCAGACAACAUCAAAAGGAAUGCAAGAGGAGAAUUUUGGGUAGCAGUGAACCCUUUUCAAGGAGGACCACGUUUCAUGCCACUCCCACAAAUUCCGUCCAUCACGUAUUUUCAAGCCAUGAAGUUAGAUGAAAAUGGGAUGGUUAUAGAGGUGUUUGUGGGUAAUGAUGGAAGCAGAUUGGAGGCUACCAGUGAAGCACAAGAAAAUGAUGGAAAUUUAUGGAUUGGUUCUAUUGUUUCCUCUUAUAUUAGUGUUUUUAGGAUUUAGAAUGUAGCUUUAGUAAUCUAUGUCUUUUGAGUUUUGGAAUGGAUGUUACAUUUCUACUAAUAA